UGUCCCUAGAGUCUCAGCUUCUCCACCCUUGGGGGCUCAAAAUCAGGGCUUUCCAAGACAGAGAGACUUUGAAGGAUCAGCUCCAUCCCUGACUUUGGAGCUUUGGCCAUGGACCGACCAGGAUUCCUAGGUCUCCGAGUUCUCCUGGGCUUGGCCUGGACACAGCUUGGAACUGCAGCUGCACAACAAGCAGGCGUUGUCGGCUGCCCUUUGCUGGAUCCAGGGGCCAUCGCAGGCAUCGUGCUGGUAGACUUGCUGUUGACUUUGCUCAUCGCAUUGGCCGUAUACUAUGUGGCCAAGCGCAUCUCUCAACGCCAACAAGCUGGCAAUGGCAACAUAAGGAAGACUCAGCCAGAGUCCCACUAUGAGGAACUUCAAGGGCACAGACUGGAUAUCUACAGUGAUCUGAAGAAUACUGGGGCCACUUACAAAUAGUCUUCCUCUUUCCCUCUUUUGAGCUUUUAACUAGAGCUCUGAAAUAGAAGACACCUGUUCAGUCCUGCACAGAAGCUGUAGUUCUAAGGCAGGCUUUUGACUGUGAACUUUCAUUUAAUUCUUUUCCUUAUCUAAGUUCCUCCACUGAGAUCCUCUGAUCUGUUUUAGGGUAUUUUUCCCCACACGUACACUCACAAAUGCAUUGCAAUGGAACUGCCAUUGGAGACAUGCAGAGUUCUUGAGGAAACAUGUGAUCCCAGUGCAAUCCAACCAAGAGCCCUUUUUCCAAGCAUCAAGGCUCUGACUGAUGGCCAGAUUUGUGCUAUAACCGAAGUUACGCCAUGCUGGGCAAGCACAUGCACCAGUAAAGGAUGGGCCACUCAGUUCUCACUUUUACCCAAAAUGGGUAUGGUUCCAGACUUAGUCAAACUUAGAGUAGACCCAUUGAAAUCAAUGGGAGUUUAGUCAUUCACUAAUGACUUAGGGGGCAAUCCUAUGCAGGUUUAGACAGAAAAAAAAAGUCCUACAAAAGUCAAUGCUGAUUGCGGGAUGCUGGAAGUUGUAAGACUUUUCUUGUCUAAACAUGUAUAGAACUGAACCAUUUAAGAGCCAUCAGUUUCUACUCUAAGAAUGAUUAGGACUGGAUCCAAUCCAACCAUUUUGCAUUCCAGUUUUCAGAUUUCUUUAGCACACAACCCUCUGGGAGGUUUUUCUGCCAUGGAAAUGAAUGGGAGCAGUUUUAACUUUUUAAGGUGUGAUGUUUUAUUAGUCUAUUGUAUUUUAUGGCUUUAAGUCUGGUUUGGGGAAUUGUCUGGAGAGCUUUGGCUAUUGGGGUAUAUAGAAAUUAAAUGAAUGAAUAAGGAAAUUACCUUAUACCAGGUCAAGCCCAGUACCAUCCAAUCUGACUCACAGCAAGUCUCCAAGGUCUCCACCAGAGGACUUUCCCAUCAUUAGUUUGAAAUGUUUUAAUCAAUUAUAUGUAUUUUAUGGUGUUUGCAUUUGUGUUGUACCCCACCUCGAUCCAGAGGGAGAGGCAGGUAACAAAUAAAUAUAUUAUUAUUA